ACAAGACCGAACAUCUGCAACACUCUACGUACAUCCAGCCUCGCCGAGCUUCAGAACAAUGCUGGCAAAAGAGGAAAAGCAGCAGAAAGGAGAACGAAGCAAGAGGAGACACCCGGGUGAAGACGGGAGAGGAGAAAAGAGGAAGAGAAAGGAUGGUGAAGAGCGACCAGGAGCUAAGAGAGGCGCUGGGAAGAUGCGACUGGAUGCAAUGAGUGUCGGCUAUUUCCGCCGGGUCGGGGAAAGACUCGGUGACGGCUUCGAAGAUGAUGAGGAGAGAGGGAUGUUCGUGGAGAACGUCCUCACUGAGGUGAAAGGUAGAGCUGCCCUGGUGGCGAUGGACCCAACAGGAAGUGUCACUCUGCAGCGGCUGCUCCAGCUGUCCAGCCUCCAGCAGGUGGGAGCGGUGCUGCUCCAGCUGGGGGGAGAAGCAGGCUCUGGGUUUAAGGCGGUUUCUUGUGACCCGUGCGGGGGACACGUAAUGGAGGACGCACUCAGACAGAUGUCCAGGUGGAACGAAACACAGACAGAUUCUGCUGCCACCACAGAAGAAGAAGAAGAAGAGCAGGAGGGCAGCGAGUUGUUGGAGGCCCAGGUGUUGUCUUUGAGUAGGGCGGUCAGAGGCAACGUCGCCGACUUCAUCAGACAAGUUCACGGCUCACAUGUGGUCCGCACUCUUCUCCACGUGCUKGGGGGCUGCAUCGGACCACCUCGCACAGAGACUCGUCCAGGCAGAAAAGAUGGCAGCCGUGCUCCCCAGCUKACUGACUUUGAGAUCCCCACGUCGUUCUGGUUCGAGCUGAAGAGUCUCACAGAGAGCUUGAUGGAGAACAUUAACUUAAGUGUUACAGAUGCUGUUGCCAGUGCAGUUUUCCAGACCAUGCUGACUGUAUGCCACAGAAAACGUCCCAAACUCUGCAAACAGCUGCUGAAACGCAGCACGGAGUACCUGACGGGACACAGUGCUGCUCCUGGAGUCAGUCCACUUCUGGUCUUUUUAAAGGAUCAGACUUCCAGUCACCUGGUAGAGACCAUCAUUCAGCUGUCCCACAAGCCUCUUCUCCGUGACCUCUACAAAAACCACCUGAGGGGUCACCUGGUCGACCUGGCCCUCCAUCCCAUCGCCAACUUCCCCGUCCAGAGGCUAACCGCGGCCUCGGCCAAAUAUAAAAUGUUCCUCAAGCUGUUCGACGAGCUGGUCCAGGGCGUAGAGGCCAUCUUGGCUGCAGGUCACAUGGGCGUGAUCGUCCAGCUGGCAGAAAGCUGCGCAGAAAGUGGAGAAAAGCAGCAGGAUAUCAUGCAGUGCCUUCUUAAUGCUUUCCACUGCGCCGAGCCCGGCUCUCGACACGUCAGCUGCCUCCCUCUCUUCAUGUCCCUGGUCACCUUUGAGGUGUACUACCAAUCUGAAGCAGCAGGUGGCAGCACACAGAAAGAGGUUCCCCUGACCAUCUGCUACCACGGCUCCCUGCUGGUCCAAGCACUGGCUAARUUUAAAGAGCACUCGAUCCUCCUCAGCAGCCUGCGUACUCUGAGCCCCGCUGACCUCCUCACUCURGCUUCGGACCCUGCUGGCAGCCACGUCCUCCAGGCCCUCAUCACCACCUGCAGUGACAAAGGCCGGGGCAAGAUCCUCAAGCGACUGGAGGGACAGUUUGUCCCGAUGGCKUGCUCGAGGUUGGGCAGCCGUGUGCUCGAAGCUGCGUGGAACAGCGCCACCAUCAGUCAAAGACAAAGCAUCGCACAGGAACUCGCUCCGUGUGAAAACCAGCUGAGGUCAAAUCAGUUCGCUCGGCACGUUUGGGCAAAGUUUUCUCUCUCCCACUUCGUGGACAGAAAAGCCAAAUGGCAGGAAAUCCAGACGGGCGAGUUCAAGAAGAGGAAGCUUUUCAGUGAUAUUCUUGACUAAAAAGUUUAUAUCUUUAUAAUCUUUUUUUUCCUCUUUGUUAUAACAAAUGAAUUAAAAUAUAUUAUUUUUAAA